CGAACAGAGCACACAUCAGCCAGCAGUCUUCAACCAACAAGCGGUGUCAAAGACAGGGAAUCAGGCCCAGGGAGGCGAAACAUCCAUAAAAAGGGAUUAUGCGCACAGGACACGGUGGUCGGUCUGCCGGGUCGGAGGGAAAACCCCGCACCGUGUUGGUAGUAGAAGUCAACUGACUCGCGCGUCGCCGCAAGUAAUCAAGAGGGGAAGGCAGAGAGAACGGAUCGCAUGAUGAUGGAAAAAGUAACGGCGGCAGCAGCUGAACAAUAGUGAGGUAGCAGCUUUCGAGAGUGCGAGCGAACAUAAAUCGAAGGGGCGUGUUGUUUGGCAGUGAUCAUCUCGGCGGCGAUUCCCGCCCGGUUUCGUAUUUCAGGAUGGUGGUAAUCGGUGGUGAGUUUUGGUAGUCUUUUCUUUGGUUAUGUAUCUCUCCGGUUUUGCCCGGGUUGUGCUUUCGGAGAGUUGAGAGCAUGGUCGACGAGAAGUCGGAACAAAAAAUAAAGUAGAAACCUAUGAUAUUGGUGCUGGCUGCUGCUGUGGGAUGUUGAAGACACGACCGGGCCGGGUACAUCGAUGAAUAGAGUCAGGUUCAGUCAGUCUGGCAUUGAAGUCUGUCGCGAGAGGAUGCUGAACCGAAUUCGUGGGUCCGUCGGAUAGGUAGAGGGUUUGUUUUUUUUUUUGUGCGGUUCGUUGAAGCGGUAAACUACAAUUGAUUACCUGUGGAGAUCUCUUGGUGUGCUGCUCUAUUGAAAGAGACUAGAAGGAAGGCCGAACCGGUGUUGUUUGUGGAAAAGUGUCGGAGCCGCCGUCGGCAUUUGAAUGGUAAAUGCUGUGAGCUUGGAGAAGAAAAUAAAAGUGAUACAGUGAAUUCAUUGAGAAGGAAAUACUAUACCAAUACUGUGGAUGAGCAUUACAGUGAGUUUAGCAAGGCGGUAAAAAGUGUGUAAUUAGUGAAAAUUUAGCUGGCGUUUUUAAACUGAAUCUCACAUUUGCAGCAUUAUGAAGACUGAGUUCAAAUCCUGUGGUGGUUGCGCGGAGCAAAUAACCGAUCGUUACAUUUUCGAAGUGAGUGGCUGCGCGUGGCAUGGGUCCUGCCUCCGAUGCAGCAUUUGCUACUGUUCCCUGGAACGGCAGGUUUCGUGCUAUUUCAAAGAUGGAGAAGUCUACUGCAAAACAGAUUACAUCAAAAAAUAUAAAGCCAGCUGCGCCAAGUGUUCCCGAACGAUAUCCUCAUCGGAUUGGGUGCGAAGGGCGCGAGAUUUCGUGUUCCACUUGGCGUGCUUUGCGUGCGACUCCUGUGGACGACAGCUCUCCACGGGAGAACAGUUUGCCAUCAUUGACGACCGGGUGCUGUGCAAGACUCACUACAUGGAGCUGAUUGAUGAUGGGACGACUUCCAGCGAGGAUGGCUGUGAUGCCGAGGGCAAUAGCAAGAACAAAACCAAGCGGAUACGGACUACGUUCACCGAGGAGCAAAUCCAGAUCUUGCAGGCGAACUUCCAGAUCGAUAGCAACCCGGACGGGCAGGAUUUGGAAAGGAUAGCUCUGGCGACGGGACUGAGCAAACGAGUCACUCAGGUUUGGUUCCAGAACUCGAGGGCUCGUCAGAAAAAGCACGGUGAGAUUUAUCCAUCUGUCCUGCAAGAACUGGGAUCUAAUCAGAUUGUGUCUUUGGCAGUUCCCCGUGGUCAGGAGCUAUUCAAUGGGCUACGAUCGGAUAUGAACAACAACAGUAGCAGUAAUGAUAGCCCCGGUGGAACAUCGAUGGGUGAAGAGUGCGCUUUGGCUAAGGCCUCGAUCUUCAACCAUCACGGCUUCAUCAACCUUAUGGUGUGACAGGAGGGACUCCACUCGAUGGGUGGUCAUGAUCCCCACCAGCAACAGCAGCACGUCGGCUACUCUUGAGGAUAGCUGACCAACGAACGAAACGGAAUCGUCUCCUGAGAAUAUGUUAUUAUUCGCAACUGUUGAGAAACGCACUUUUGCCCACCGAAUUGCAAAAGGAAAGGGGGAACUGAGAAGAAUGCAGCACACAGCCAUGCAAGGGACUUUCGAUACGUUUAUGCCGGCCUGAAGGGAAAGUGUCCAUGAAACUUAACUUCUUUUGCUUUGGUUCGACCUUGCGGAGUUUUAUGUGUUUGUGUAGCUUUCUGCGCGUUUUUUUGACGAUGAAUGGUGCUCUGCAUUUUAAAUGAAUGAAUGCUAACUAGUUGUACAUAUAGGGAAUUCUUGUAAAUACAAGUCACCAAAGUAAUAAAGCUUAUGUUAUAAUUGAACCAACACUAGUUGAAGUUUGUACUAGUUCCAUCGAUGACAACAGUUUCCUUAUUCAGCUUUAGUAUCAUUCGGUAAGGGUAAGCAAAAAUAAUGAAUCAUGAAUCCUAAAAUAUUAGGUUUUUGGCACCACGAUGGCGUAGUGAACGUUCAACGUUUUUGUCUGGGUCAUAUUGACCCCAACAUCCUACUAGGAUUAAAAGAUCAAUUUCUCUGAUUAAUGCUUACAUUACUUUA